AUGGAGGUUAGUGCUGAAGAAGCUUCUCUGCAAAGAAGCCAGCAACUAAGAGAGCUGUAUGAAUCGUUAUCGGCCGGAGAGACAAAUCCACCAACUCGUCGACCAUGUGCUUCUUUGUCGCCUGAAGACUUAACAGAGUCUGAAUGGUUUUAUUUGAUGUGUGUCUCUUUCUCAUUUCCUCCUGGUGUCGGGUUGCCAGGAAAGGCAUAUGCUAGGAGGCAACAUGUAUGGCUCACAGGUGCAAAUGAGGUGGAUAGCAAAACAUUUUCAAGAGCUAUUUUAGCCAAGAGUGCUCAUAUACAGACUGUGGUAUGCAUUCCUGUGUUGGAUGGUGUCGUUGAGAUUGGCACAACUGAUAAGAUUCAAGAAGAUCUUAAUUUCAUAAAACACGUGAAGAGUUUCUUCAUAGACCACCACUCUUUGCCACCAAAGCCAGCACUCUCAGAACACUCAACCUCCAAUCCAAAUUACUCAACCGAUCACAUUCCUGCCAUUAUGUACACGGUGGCAGACCCGCCAUGCACAGCAAUUCCCAAUCAAGACGAUAUGGAUGAAGAUGAGGAAGAAGAUGAAGAAGAUGACGAAGUUGAAUCUGAAUCCGAAGAUGAAACCAAUCAAGGUCGUAACCAACAUGCAACCUCUAUAAUAGAGGUUGCGGAACCAAGUGAGCUCAUGCAAAUUGAAAUGCCCGAUGAUAUUCGGAUUGGGUCACCCAACGACGGAUCGAAUAAUUUGGACUCGGAUUUUCAUUUGUUGGCCGUAAGUAACCAAGAAAAUCCGUCAAGACAAGUUGAUUCAUACAGAACCGAGAGAUGGGGUCCAAUCGAAGAACCUCCGGAUGAUCCACUACAAGUUCAAUUAUCAUCUUCAGUGCUUCAUCAUCCAUUAGAAGACUUAACACAAGAAGACACACACUACUCUCAAACAGUAACCACCGUUCUCCAAAACCAAUGGAUCGAUUCACCUUCCAUCAACUACAUCAACUACUCCACCCAAUCCUCUUUCACCACCUGGACCAACCACCACUUCCACCCGCCACCGCCGCCGGACACCGCCACCUCCCAAUGGCUCCUCAAAUACAUCCUCUUCACAGUCCCAUACCUCCACACCAAAAACCACGACGAAACCUCCCCACAAACACACGACACCGCCGGAGUCAACAGCAACGAUCCCUCCGCCAGGCUACGCGGCAAGGGAACUCCCCAAGACGAACUCAGCGCGAACCAUGUCCUCGCUGAGCGACGGAGGAGAGAGAAACUCAACGAGAGGUUCAUAAUUCUAAGAUCAUUGGUUCCUUUUGUUACGAAGAUGGAUAAAGCUUCUAUCUUAGGCGACACGAUUGAGUAUCUGAAACAGCUUCGGAGAAAGAUUCAAGAUCUUGAGACACGUAACCGUCAGAUGGAGUCCGAGAAAAGUGGAGUACCCGUUUUGGUGGGUCCGACUGAGAAGAAAAAAGUGAGGAUUGUGGAAGGGAAUGGCGGUGGUGGGGGCGUUAGAGCGAAAGCAGUCGAGGUUGUUGAGAAAGAGAUUGUUGCGUCGGUUCAGGUUUCGAUUAUAGAAAGUGAUGCUUUGUUGGAGAUUGAAUGUUUACAAAGAGAAGGGUUGUUGUUGGAUGUUAUGAUGAUGUUGAGAGAGUUGAGAAUUGAGGUUAUCGGAGUUCAAUCUUCGCUUAACAAUGGCGUUUUCGUCGCGGAAUUGAGGGCUAAGGUUAAGGAAAAUGGUAAUGGGAAGAAAGUUAGCAUUGUGGAAGUUAAGAGAGCACUUAACCAAAUUAUACCUCAUAAUAAUAUUUAG